AUGAACACCAUGCGCAAGCACUGGCAGAACAAGCACAGCUGGUCGCCAUAUCCCAGCCGUGGCCGUACAGCGCCACAAAAGCGUACGGCAGCACAGGAUGAGGUGGACAGAUCAUGCCAGAAGGUGCAGUUCCAGCAGGUAUUUGCAUCGCGCAAGGGCUCCCACUACAUACAGAUCCAGACUAAGGAGACUACUGAGCACACCGGCACGCCAGACCAGAACAGAGCCAGCCAUGUCAUUGAUGAGCUGGAGCGGUUUUACCGGGAACAGCAACGGCAGACCAGCAAUGUCAUCCAGGCCGGGGAGCACGAUGAAGCCAACCCAUGGCUGCGGCGGACCAGAUGGCCGGUGUACUUGACCAACAUCGCACCCAAUGAUCUGGUCAACUGCGUGCAGCGGCCCGAGGAUGACACCACGUGCCCAGAUGAACUGGCCGCGAGGGCCAUCGGGAGGCCAUGGGGCAGGUUGCCCGUACCAGCCAGCGAGUCAUCACACGGCUGGGCCACUUCGUCCGCAUCGAGGCCAUCCGCACAGAGCGACACCAGACCCGGCACACCCCGUUGCAGGCAUACAUGGACGAGGAGAGGAGAGCAUCGCCGAGCACAGGGAGCCGACCAGCGACACUCCAUCAGCCCAGACCCCAUGGAUGAGCAGAUGACUGAGGAAGAAGAAGAGGAGGAGGAGAAGGGACAGAGAGAUACCCAGCCAGAAGAAGAAGAUAAGUUCAAAUUAACCAAGAUGCAGAUGGCAUGUUUGGAUUUUUGCAUUGAGCUGCUGAACCAGCGGGUUCAGGUGGAGGAUUAUGAGUGCGCGCUGGUAGACGCGUUGGCGGUGCUGGGACGGGGGGAGUAUGGAUGGUGCGACGCGGAGAGCUACCCACCAAUAUUGUCACGGAUCAUCAAGGUGGCACGGUUAUGCCACACGGUGCUCAACGACCAGGUCAACUUCCGGCCCCAGAUGCAACAGCUCGGCAAGCUGAUGGCGGCCAAGACACAGAUGGUGCUGCUGACGGCCACACUGCCACCCGGUGAGGAGGAGAAGCUGUGGUCCCGCAUGCACUGCACCCGAGCGGACAUAUCAUUGUUCCGGGCGCGGACAUGCCGUCCAAAUGUGGCAUACCGAGUGUGGCAACCCAUCAUUGAAGGGUCAGAGUACGAUGGGCUCAACCGAUGGUUUCAAGCACCCAGCGUGGUCAGGUUCAUCCAGGACCGCAUGAGAUGGACGGGAGAAGGUAAGGGGGUGGUGUACUGCCAGGCAGUGAAUCAGGUCACGAUGAUGGCAAGCACAUUGAGAUGCGGGGCAUAUCACCACCACCAGAUCAACAAGGCCGGCAUACUGGAGUGUUUCCAGCAAGGUCAACACCAGGUCAUCGUGGCGACAAGUGCACUGGGCAUGGGAAUCGACAUCCCCAACAUCCGCAGCAUCAUCCACGUCGGACGGCCGCGAUCAUUGCUGGAUUAUGGACAGGAGAGCGGGCGUGCAGGGCGUGAUGGACAGGCCAGUGAAGCCAUCAUCAUUGAGCCCGAGGGUAUCAGUGCAGCAAUGAUAUGGUCAAGAAAGGAUGCACCAUCACUGCUGGACCAGAAGCUGGUUGAUCGGUACAUGCAGGCAGGGGGUGAGGAGGGUGAUGAACCGAUGGCUCGAUGUCGACGGGUGGUGCUGGACCGGUACCUGGACGGGGAAGUGGAGGGUUACAUGAGACGGCACUGCGGUGAUCGACACACAGGGGAGUCCCAGUGUGACGGGUGCGAUGCCGAGUGGGAGGCCAGGGAGGCCGUGUUCACCCCCAGCCCAGGUGGCACGCCCACGCCCACACCCAGUCCAGGCUACAGUUCAAGAGCAACAGCCAAGGAUGACUCCAGCGAGGAUGAAACCAGCCAGGAGUCAGAGAUGGAGAGCCAGCAGGGUGAAACCCACAUCAGAUUCAACGGCACAUGCAGUCCCAGAAUGGCCAGAAGUGUGAGCAAGAGCACAGACGACAACAUAAAUGAAAGCAUCACCAAGAAUGAAGCUUCAACUUCAGGCGGGAGCAGCCCGGGUCAAUGGAACAAGCAAGAGUCAAGUGAAAUCAGUGAAGACACCAGGGGCAUCCCAUCAACAACCAGACAGACAUUCCACAAGCAGGAUGUCCGUCGAGGCCGGUUCAUCAUCACACACCAGCAGCGAGGGCAGAGGGCAUUGAUGGAUGAGGAGGUUUUAGUGGAAGAGGCGCAGAGGUGGAAGGAUCAGUGUUUGAUAUGUGCAAGUGGCAAGCGGGAGUUUGACCAUGAGCUGUACCAGUGUCCCCACGAGGAGAGCCAGGAGGCAAAGAGAUGGAUGAUGACAGUGCGGAGCAAGAUCAAAUACACACGGUAUUCCGGGUGCUUCCGAUGCGGGAUGCCGCAGUCCAUAUGCAACAGCUGGAAGACACAGAGGCAGUGUCCCGUACAGGGGAUUUUUGAUCCCGACAGUGGCAAUGAUGAUGUAUGGGUGUCACAGCAGCUGAGGGAGUUCAAUGUGAAUGCAGAUGAUCAGGAGGCGGUGAUUGAAUUUUUGAGACAGAAGGUUGAGGGGCAGGGCAUCGAGCACAACCAGCUGAUGGAGAUGUUUUGUUGGCUGCGAGGGAUAUAUCAGGAGGCAGAGAGGGGGAAGAUCGAGUCAGAGGGUACAGGGGUCAAGUGA